AAUGUUCGUGACGAUAUUUCUUUUUUAGACUGGCAUUCUGAUUCGAAUUUUCGCCUUACACAGUUCGCUAUACACGUUUUAUUUUUCUGUUUCGAUUUAGUGUGUGUUAUUUCAGUUUAGUUUGAUGUAUAUAGUAAGUGUAUACAGUUUUAUAAUUACUUAAAUUGAAGUUAUAGAAAAACUUUUCGAUUCUGGUCAAGGGAUGCAAACAAGCUCCUAUUUUCACAAGGAAACAUCUAUGAUGACGGUUUUUGGUGAUUCGAACGAAUAAAACUACAUGAAUUUUAUAUAUAACGUACAUGUGCAUAUCCAUACACAUACGUUCAUUAUACGCGACAUCAUUUUCAUUGUGUCAUCGGUAAUGUAGGGAGUAAUAUGAAAAUAGUAAAAUAUUUCUGUUGAAAUCGCCAAAAACAAUUCUCACAGAUGAUUCCUUCCUUGCAAAAUUUGAUAUGAUUUAGGGAAAUUUUAGUUUUCUGAAGAAAGUCCAAAUUGAUAAUGAAUUGGUAAAGUCAAAACAUUCCGGAGUUAAAAUCAAUAUUUAUUGAAUUUUCACCGAAAUGGAACAAGUGGCGCCAUCUUUCCGGCGAACACAGUGAACUACACGUAUUUGAAACUGUUCAAUUCAACUAAUAUAGUUGGAACAUUGUUUCCAUAGAAACUAAAUAUGUCAGAAUUUAUACACAAUAACAACGCUGUGUACAUGAUAAUAAUUGAAAACUAUUUUUCAUAACUUAUAACAAAUGAUUUUGAUGCGAUACAUAACCCAACGAGAUUUGAGAAAAAUUGUUUUCAGUGUUGUAUGGUGGAUUACGUUUGAAAUAAAUUUGAUUUAAAAAAUGUCGGUAGAUCACAAUGAAAAGUAUAUCUUUGAAGCUGAAUGGUAUGAUAAAAUAGCUACCGUUCUAAAGAAAUUUUAUUUAUAUUAUUAUCCAUAUGACAACACAGUAGAGUUGUUUGAUAUUAAGGCCAGAAAAACAUUUUUAAGAAGAACAAAAUGCGAAGGAAUACAAGCAAAGGAUUUUUAUGUAGGAGCUACUGUAACAAUAUUUUCACGAAAUAUAAGCAUAACAGAUUAUGCAGACUGCGUUACACGGACAAAAUUGCAAACUAAAAUGCAAAAAACAUUUGCUAUGUUGAAACCAAAUGUUAUUGAUAAAGUGGGUGAAUUAUUGAAACGAAUAAUUUCUUGCAAUUUUCACAUUGCAAACAUUAAAAUGAUUAAGCUAACUAAAGAAGAAGCAUCAGACCUUUGCAAAGAUGAAGAUAGUACUAAUAUAACGUACAUUGUAAAUUAUCUCACUUCUGGUCCAAUUGUGGCUUUAGAAUUAUUAGGUGAUAACGCGAUUACACGUUGGAUAGAAGUAAUAGGACCUGAAGAUAGUGAAGAAGCUCGGUCGAAAGCUCCAUCUUCGCUUAGAGCAUGUUAUGGUAAAGAUAAAAUUCAUAACGCGAUACAUGGCUCUGAAAACGAGGAAGCUGCAGAAAAAGAACUGCAAUUUUUCUUUCCUAGUCCAAAAAGUGGAAAGAAGGGACCACCUAAUACAGCAACAUUAGAGAAUUGUACUUGUUGCAUUAUUAAACCUCAUGCUGUUCAAGCUAAAUUAGUUGGAGAUAUUAUUGACGAUAUACAGAAAGCUGGUUAUCUUAUUUCUGCAGUGCAACAAUUUCAUGUGAAUCCAUUUGAUGCAGAGGAAUUUUUAGAAGUUUACAAAGGAGUCCUUCCUGAUUAUGCGGCUAUGGUAGGAGAAUUGCAAUCAGGACCAUGCAUUGUUAUGGAAAUAAAGCAUCAAGACAAGAAGUUUGAUGUUCAAGAAGAAUUUAGAAAGCUUUGUGGUCCUAUGGAUCCAGAUAUUGCAAGACAAGUGAGACCAGAUACUCUUCGUGCAAAAUAUGGAAAAAACAAAGUACAAAAUGCUAUACAUUGUUCUGAUUUACCAGAAGAUGGAAUGCUGGAGGUGGAGUACUUUUUUAAGAUCCUUGAUAGCAGUUGAGUAUUAAGAAAAAAGAUUAAUCCUUUUUUACUUUUGUCAUUCCCGAUAUUUUAUAUACAAAAAAUAUCACCACGUUGCCUUACAUCAAUAUUAUUAAA